AUUUGUUGCCUUCAGGGACUAGAACGGCCACAUCUAGUGUGGGUGUUAAGUGUUCCAAGGAGAUGCCAUCCGAGGGGCCAUCAUCCUGGCCAAGCUUUCCAUUGUUCCCAUGCACAGAGGUUACUGGGGUAACAAGAUUGGCAAGCCCCACACCAUCCCUUGCAAGGUGACAGGCCACUGCAGCUCUGUGCUGGUGCGCCUCAUCCCUGCGCCCAGGGGCACUGGUGUCAUCUCAGCCCCGGUACCCAAGAAGCUGCUGCUGAUGGCUGGUAUUGAUGAUUGCUACACCUCAGCCAGGAGCUGCACUGCCACCCUGGGCAACUUUGGCAAGACCACCUUUGAUUCCAUCUCUAAGACCUACAGCUGCCUGACCCCCGACCUCUGGAAGAAGACUGUGUUCACCAAGUCUCCCUAUGAGGAAUUCACUGACCACCUCGUCAAGACCCACACCAGAGUCUCCACACAAAGGACCCAGGCUGCAGCUGUGGCUGCAACAUGGGGGUUUUAUACAAGAAAAAUAAAGUGAAUUAUGCCUGUUAAGAAA